AUGUUUGUGGCUGGGCUAAAAGCUGGAUCGAGUGAGGAGGAGGAGGAAGAUGUUAUGGAUAUUUUGCAGAAAAGAAGAGAAGAAUGCGAGCGCAAAGCAAGGAGGGGGGAGAUGGACCCCAGGCUGGAGUUCACCUUCCAGCUCCUCAUAGAUGGCACUGGUCUGCCUCGGCACUCCAUCAUGGACCACGUCUUCGAAGGAAACAUGUUGGACGACAUCAACCAGCUGUUCCUUCCGCACAUGCGCAACAAGCUACUCUGGUACUACCAGGAUGUGGAGGAGGUGGUGGAACGUGCGCCCGUCGAAGGAACAAAGCCGCGUCAACAGGGGCAGGGGAGGCAGCCCCCGCCGCAAGUCACGAUGAAAAGGAAGCUGUUCCUCUCAGACGGGUGGGAUGUCAAGUUCACAGGAGUUUGUAUAUACAUGUUCCGGAUCAAUGUCAGUAAACAGCUGCCUGAGGAGGGGUUCCACAAGGAUUUAUUCUGCGGUAUCCUGAACGCUGAGAAGGUGGGUCUGGUGACGGCGAUCGAGCGUGUCGUGGAGCACGUCUAUAUGAGUGCGCUUGCGCAUCCCAGUGCGGAUGGUGACGAAGAUGAGACCAGAUUCCCUAUCGUCAAGAACCAGCUGCUGCCGGGGUUGAGGUCCUUCUGCUCCGCUCUCAAAGUCUGCGAAGACGUCUGCGGCCAAGUGAACUUGUUCGAAGACGGCCACUCUCACAUGGCGACCGUGACAGAUCACACACAGCUCAAAGAGAUGACUAAGAAUCCUAACACCAUCACCAUGCUUGAGGAGAGGGUUAACGAGUGGAUCAAGAAGGUUAUGGAGAUACUUAGCGAAAGUGAGCAGCUGCGCCGAGAAGUAGACUCCAGCGGCCCACAAGACGAACUAGAGUACUGGAAGAAGAGGGGGGCACAGUUCUCACAACUAGUUUCAUACUUACAGGAUAACGAAGUCCAACUAACCCUAACCUGCCUUCAACUAGCCAACUCAAAAGUCAUCAAGCUCUGGCGAGACACAGACCACAAAAUCACUUUCUGCUACAACGAGGCAAAAGAUAACGCCAAAUUCAUUCAAGCCAUGGAGAAGUGUUGCCAUUCUUUAUACUUGGACGACCCGGUGAAGAUCAAAGACUCAAUAUUGAGUCUGCUGCAGACCGUGAGACUGAUACAUAGUGUAUCGCAGUUUUAUAAUACGUCGGAGAGAAUUUCAUCGUUAAUGGUCAAGAUAACCAACCAAAUGAUCGAAACAUGCAAACAAUAUAUCACAUGCCGCUUCAAAGAGACCAUCUGGUCCCAAGACCGAUCCUUAGUCCGAGACAAACUUACCCACUGUUUGAUCCUAAACAAGACUUAUAGAGAAACGUACCUCUAUGUGAAGAAUCAGCCGUUUUUGCCCAAUACUGAGCAGUUCAGUUUUUCGGAGAACUAUGUGUUUGGGAAGUUUGACACGUUUUGCAAGAGGGUGAAUAAGAUCAUAGCGAUGUUUGAUUUGAUGGAGGAUUAUAAUAAUUUGUUUGCGAAGAGGAUGGAGGGACUAUUGCUUGGGGAAGACCUUGAGGAAGCCGUACACUCAUUCGAAGAAGCGAAGAAGGCAGUAACCAGUUGCCAGUACGACUAUUUAGACUACAGGAACAAUGAGUUUGAUAAAGACUAUCAGGCUUUUGAGCAGAAGACCAAUAUGCUACGGGAGUCUAUUGGAAACACUAUAGAAGAGAACUUUGCCAGUGUCUGGGAGACGCCGCAAGGCAUCAAGUUUCUGACCAGGUUUGAAAAAGUCAGUCAAAAGAUUCAAAUAACGAAACUCAGUGAGAAAUACGACAGAGUCCUGCGGUACUGCGAAAAAGAGGUUGACAAAAUCACUAAGAUGUUCAAAAAGCAGAAAGACGACCCGCCAUUGCCGAGGAACUACUCUCCUGUGGCCGGGCGCAUAAAAUGGUCACGCUGUCUCCUCCACAACAUGACGGAGACUGUGGAGAGUGUGUCGGCACACCCCGUGCUCCGAGCUCUGCCUGCCGCCAUGGACGUGAUGAGAAAGUACUCCAACACCAGGACCUUGAUCACCAACUACGACCAGUCUAUGCGCGCCGUGUGGAUGAAUCAGAAUCUCUGGGACGUAGACGACUGUCUGAACAACACUCUUCUGAAGAUCGACGAUGCUGGUCGCAUCAGCGUCAACCUCGACAGUACUGUCAGGUUACUCAUCAGGGAAUCUGACUGUUUGGUGAAGAUGGAUGUGGAACUGCCUAUAGUUUGCCACUCACUGUAUGCUAAGAAGAAUUACUUUACCCUGGUGAACGAUUCUUUAGAGUUUCUGCUAGAAGACUAUCUCCGCACCGUCCGCCGAGUGAAACUAGAAGUGCGCCCACUCUUUCUCCCUCAAGUGGUCCGGCUAUCUUCUCUCCUGCUCCCCGGCCUGCGUUCAGUGUCCUGGACUAGUGAGGAUUGGGAAGAGUUCAUAGAGAGAGCCAACGCUGCUAUUAAGAGCUUUGAUGUCCUGGUUACGAGAGUACAUGAUAUUUACACGAAUCGGAUUAUAUAUGUGCUGUCUGGUAUGCAAGAGGUUACUCUGAUCAAUUUACCAGAAGAAACACCAUGGACGGUCGAUGAAUUUAUAGAAAAUGUAGAAACGGGGUGCCGAAACGCAUGUGUGGAGCUUAACCGCAAGAGCCUCAUGGUUGAAGAGGCGGUGGAAGAGGUCCUUGACCUGAUCAAGAAAGCGGCCCACCAGUUCAAAUCCGUCGAGAUCAACCCGGACUUCGAGUUCCUUAUCGCUGACGAUGAAGUCCAAACCGGGAGCGGUCAGGCAUCUACCCUCAAUGAAUCUACAUCCAGUGGACAGCAGGAUUGGUCUGCAGUGUGGGAAUGCUUUGAGAGCCCCCACAGACUGCUGUCCAUGCCAGCCGGUGGUCUCUCCAAGAGCAUGCAAGAGAUGGUGAAGAACGCAGUGAACGAAAUGCGUCGGUACUACAGCCGCAAAGUGGUGGAUGUCCUCAUCAAGGUCACCCGACGCACUGAAGCUUUCUCGGACGAAGGACAACAGAGGAAGCCGUUGUUCCUCCUCCACGCGGCGCUGAUGAUCCCCAACGUGUCAGUGAAGCCCACUCUAGAGGAGAUCCAGGAAGUGCUGGUUCUGGCCGGGAAACACAUUUCCGGCCUGGCCAAGGGAGUGGCGCAGUGGACUGGCGGCAAGAGCUCCAGGGUUAGCUGGAAGAAGAUAGUCGGUCACCAGUCUAAUCAUCUUCUAGAGGUUGUGACGAAGCUUGACGAACAGGUUCAGUCGGUGGCGGGCGCAUUACCGAAGCCGAAGGGCUUGGAUUCAAAACAAAAAAGGAAGAAGCACUAUAGACUGGAGUCGGAGGAAAAACCGACGUUUCCGCUGCAGCAGAAGAACUUUUAUAACUAUAUUGUGGAGAACAAGGAGAUUAUCAAGACUUUGUCGUUGCUGUCGACUUGCACGCAGAACGUUAAGACGGAGCUCAACAACCUAGUAAAGCGAUGGCGCCCAUACCACUACCUCUGGAAGUGCGAGAAGACCCUCCGUCAACUCCUGGCGUGGAACCUGAACGACUUCGAGCUGGCACUGAAGCGGCACAGCGAGCUGGAGGCCAAGCUGUCCACAGAACCUGAUGUCCUGGUCAUCGGGAGCUGCCUUGCUGUGUCCACAGAGAGACUCAAGCUUGGGCUGAGCACUGAACUCAAAAACGGUACACACCGCAUCGGACAAGCCAUGCGCAAGAAGUACAAGCGAGAGAUGGACUACGUGUACGCUAUCAUGAACGACCUUGAGCGUAAGCUGGAGCGACCAAUCAGAGACCUGGACGAUGUGAGGAGCGUCAUGGAAACGCUGAAGAAGAUCAGGGAGCAAGAAGUCGAUAUGGAGCUUAAGAUCGACCCUGUUGAGGAAGCGUUCAAUGUAAUAACUCGUUAUGAGUUGCCAGUGAGCCAGACUGACUUGGAACAGGUGGACAGUCUGCGAUACUCAUGGCAGCAGCUACAGGCUACUGCGCUAGCCGCUCACGUGCAGUUGCUCAAAAUGCAGCCACAAUUUGAAGAAGACCUGAAGAACAACCUGGACAGGUUCAGAGAAGAUAACGGGGAAUACGUGCAUGAGUACAGACACGCUGGUCCAAUGCAGUCGGGACUGACGCCGCGUGAAGCGUCCGACCGGCUGAUACUAUUCCAGAACCGUUUCGACGGUAUGUGGCGUAAGCUGCAGACCUACCAGAACGGCGAAGAGCUAUUCGGCCUCCCGCACACCGAGUAUCCAGAGCUCGCACAGAUCAGGAAAGAACUAAACCUUCUGCAGAAGUUGUACAAACUGUACAAUGACGUCAUCGACAGAGUCAGCAGUUACUACGACAUACCGUGGGGCGAAGUCAAUAUUGAAGAGAUCAAUAAUGAGCUUAUGGAGUUCCAGAAUAGAUGUCGUAAACUUCCUAAAGGUUUAAAAGAGUGGCCAGCCUUCUUCGCUCUCAAGAAAACCAUAGACGAUUUCAAUGACAUGUGUCCGCUCCUCGAGCUGAUGGCAAACAAAGCCAUGAAACCAAGGCACUGGCAGCGGAUUAUGGAGGUCACCAAAUACAUAUUCGAGCUGGACAAUGAAGACUUCUGUCUUAAGAACAUUCUGGAGGCUCCACUGCUACCAAAUAAAGAAGAUAUUGAGGAUAUCUGCAUAUCAGCGAUGAAAGAAAAGGACAUAGAAGCCAAGCUCCGGCAAGUUACCAACGAAUGGUCCAUCCACGAACUGACGUUCCAAACAUUCAAUAAUCGCGGAGAGUUGCUUCUACGAGGUGACACCACGGCGGAGACUAUUGGGCAGUUAGAAGACAGCCUUAUGAUUCUGGGGUCUUUGCUGUCUAAUCGAUACAACGCUCCAUUUCGAAAACAAAUUCAACAAUGGCUGUACGACCUCCAGAACACCAACGAAAUCCUCGAACGGUGGCUCCUCGUACAAAACAUGUGGGUCUACCUUGAAGCAGUCUUCGUUGGCGGUGACAUCGCGAAACAAUUGCCGAAAGAAGCCAAACGAUUCUCGAAAAUCGACAAAUCUUGGCAGAAGAUCAUGCAAAGAGCUCAUGAGACUCCUGGAGUAGUAUCCUGCUGCGUAGGAGAUGAUCUACUCAGGCAAUUGCUUCCACAUUUGCAGGAACAGUUAGAGUUAUGCCAGAAAAGUCUAAGCGGGUAUUUAGAGAAGAAAAGGACCAUGUUCCCUCGGUUCUUCUUUGUGUCGGAUCCGGCACUUUUGGAGAUUCUUGGACAGGCGUCGGAUUCGCAUACGAUACAGAAUCAUUUGCUGUCCAUCUUUGAUAAUAUACGAUAUGUGAAGUUUCAUGAUAUUGAGUACAAUAAAAUGAUAGCCAUAGUAUCUUCCGAAGGUGAGGAGAUCAAACUAGAGAGACCGGUGAGAGCCGAGGGCUCAGUGGAGACUUGGCUGACAUCACUCCUGCAGUCAGCACAGAGCAGUCUCCACUCCAUCAUCAGGAACUCUGUGUCGUUGAUUAAUGAUCCUGGCUUCAAUCUGCUGAUGUUUCUGGAUAAAAUGCCGGCACAGGUAGGCCUUCUCGGCAUCCAAAUAAUCUGGACUCGUGACGCUGAACUAGCCUUAAUGCAGGCUCGCCAAGAUAAGAAGAUAAUGAUGGAAACCAACAACAAAUUCCUCGAGCUGCUAAACACCCUCAUUGAUCAGACGACUAGGGAUCUGCUGAAGAUCGAGAGGAUAAAGUUUGAGACUCUGAUCACCAUCCAUGUGCAUCAGAGGGAUAUUUUUGAUAUGCUGUGCCGACUGAACGUCAGGUCAGCCAGCGACUUCGAAUGGCUGAAGCAAUGCCGGUUCUACUUCAAAGAGGACGCCGACAAGACCUGGGUGUCGGUGACCGACGUCACCUUCAUCUAUCAGAAUGAGUACCUUGGCUGUACUGAUCGACUUGUCAUCACGCCGUUGACUGACAGAUGCUACAUAACUCUAGCCCAAGCGCUGGCUAUGAGCAUGGGCGGUGCGCCCUGCGGCCCUGCUGGUACCGGAAAAACAGAAACCGUCAAGGACAUGGGCAAGACUCUCGCCAAAUACGUCGUCGUGUUUAACUGCUCCGAUCAGAUGGAUUACAGAGGUCUCGGCCGGAUCUACAAAGGCCUCGCCCAGUCCGGUUCCUGGGGCUGCUUUGACGAGUUCAACCGUAUAGAGCUACCAGUAUUGUCUGUAGCAGCGCAGCAAGUGGCCGUGGUGCUGGCUGCUAAGAAGGAGAAGAAGAAGACUUUUGUGUUCACUGACGGGGAUACUUCGGAGAUGUGUCCGGAGUUCGGGAUAUUUAUUACCAUGAAUCCCGGCUAUGCUGGCCGUAAAGAGUUACCCGAGAACCUAAAGAUCCAGUUUCGGACAGUAGCUAUGAUGGUGCCUGACCGUCAGAUCAUCAUCAGGGUCAAACUGGCCUCCUGCGGGUUUUUGGAAAACAUUACACUGGCCAGGAAGUUCUACACGCUGUACAAACUGUGUGAGGAACAGCUUACUAAGCAGGUCCACUACGACUUCGGUCUCCGCAACAUCCUCUCGGUCCUUCGCACCCUCGGAGCUGUCAAACGCGUCAACUCCAAAGACAACGAGAGCACCAUAGUGAUGCGAGUACUCCGUGACAUGAACCUCUCCAAGCUCAUCGAUGAGGAUGAACCGCUCUUCAUAUCGCUGGUGGCGGAUCUGUUCCCGAAUCAGGCGCUGGAGAAGACGACUUAUCCUGAGCUGGAGGAGGCUAUUAGGAAACAGGUGGACGAGACUGGGCUGAUCUGCCAUCCGCCCUGGCUUCUCAAAAUCAUCCAACUGUACGAGACACAGCGUGUGCGUCACGGCAUCAUGACACUCGGACCGCCCGGAGCUGGCAAAACUACCUGCAUUCACACCCUCAUGAACGCGCUCACUGAAACUGAGAACCCACAUAGAGAAAUGCGUAUGAACCCGAAAGCUAUAACCGCCGCUCAGAUGUUCGGACGUCUCGAUGUAGCAACCAAUGAUUGGACUGAUGGAAUCUUCUCAGCCCUAUGGCGUAAAACACUCAAAAUGAAAGAAGGCGAACACGUGUGGCUUGUCCUCGAUGGCCCAGUCGACAGCAUAUGGAUUGAGAACUUGAAUUCUGUACUUGAUGAUAACAAAACUUUGACACUGGCUAAUGGUGAUCGCUUGACCAUGUCGCCUACUUCGAAGAUUCUGUUUGAGCCUGAGAAUAUUGACAAUGCUUCGCCGGCUACCGUUUCAAGGAACGGUAUGGUGUAUAUGAGUGCUUCGGGAUUGGACUGGGAUCCAGUUCUCCGUGCUUGGCUGAAAACUCGCUCAGAGAGGGAAUUAGAAAUAUUUGGCACGCUUUUUGAUCAGACAUUUCCAAACGUCUACACAUGGUGUACUCAAAACCUCGUAUUCAGCAUGAGGGUGCUUCAAAGUAACAUCAUACUGCAAAUGCUUAGUCUCUUAGAGGGACUUGUUCCUCCACAGAUAGAGGAAACUGAAGACCCUUCAGCAAGUAAAUCUGUUAAUGGAGAUAUUGAUGACGAAGAGGAAAAAGAGAAAACUGAGGAGAUUAUACUUUUUACUCCUGAACAUUUGCACAAAGUAUACGUGUUCACAUUAGUUUGGGGCUUUGGGUCGCUUCUAGAAACCAAAGACAGAAUUCAGUACGAUGCGUACCUAAAACAGAAUUUUGCAGAAAUCUUAGAUCUACCAAAACACCCCAAUAAUAAACCUUCGAUUAUUUUCGACUUUUAUGUUAAACAUCCUGGAAAAUGGGAGCUGUGGGAUGAUUUGGUGACAAAUUACCUAUACCCAGAUACAGCAUCACCGGAUUAUGCUAGUAUCUUGGUGCCGAUAGUGGAUAACGUCAGAAUAAACUACCUCAUCCACUGUAUAGCUAAACAAGGUAAAGCGGUGCUGUUAAUCGGAGAACAAGGCACUGCAAAAACUGUCAUGAUGAAAGCCUACAUGAAAAAUACUAAUCCAGAACAGUUCAUGGGUCGUUCUUUUAACUUUUCUUCAGCUACUAGCCCUUAUCAGUUCCAAAAGACUAUUGAAAGUUACGUAGAAAAACGCAGUGGCAUGACAUUUGGACCACCAGGGGGUAAGAAGAUGUUGGUGUUUAUCGACGAUAUAAACUUGCCACAGAUAAAUGAGUGGGGUGAUCAAAUUACGAAUGAAAUUGUUAGACAGACUAUGAGCAUGAAUGGUUUCUACAGUCUGGAGAAGCCUGGAGACUUUACGACCGUUAUUGACAUUCAGUUUCUUGGCGCCAUGGGACAGCCAGGUGGUGGUAGAAACGACAUACCGUCUCGUUUGAAGCGCCAGUUUGCGAUAUUCAACUGUCCUCUGCCUAAUAACGAUGCUAUAGACAAAAUAUUUAAAGUUAUCGGUGAAGGCCAUUACAACGCCAAGCGAGGAUUUACUGUAGAGGUCCGUAACCUUAUUAAAAAAGUGAUUCCGUUGACCAGAGAGCUGUGGAUGAGAACAAGACUGAACCUUUUACCGACGCCGGCUAAGUUCCACUACGUCUUUUCUCUUCGGGAUUUGUCUAGAGUAUGGCAAGGAAUGGUUGGAACACUACCGACUGUUAUUGAAUCAGAGAAAUGUCUAAUGCUGCUGUGGAAACAUGAGUGUUCAAGAGUAUUCUCCGAUAGAUUCACACAUCAAGUUGAUAAAGACUGGUUCAACAAAGCUUUGUAUGAAACGUCAGACGAAUUAUUAGGUGUGGAAUACAAGAAAAUGAUGGAAAGUGAGCCUGUAUUUGUAGAUUUUAUGAGGGAUGCACCGGAACCAACUGGUGAAGAAGGUGAAGACGCCGACAUGGAACUGCCAAAAGUGUAUGAACCCGUAUUUGAGUACAGUGAACUCCGAGAACGAUUAGAAAUGUUCCUGUCCCAGUUCAACGAAAUGGUCCGUGGAUCGGGCAUGGAUUUAGUUUUCUUCCCCGAUGCUAUGUUCCAUCUUGUGAAAAUAUCAAGAGUGAUCCGACACCCAAGAGGAAAUGUAAUGCUCGUCGGAGUAGGAGGCUCUGGAAAACAAUCCCUCACAAAACUAUCAACUUUCAUAGCUGGAUACCGAUCUUUCCAAAUAGCACUUACAAGGUCGUACAAUGUUGGUAACUUCCUCGAAGACCUAAAGCUACUUUAUAGAUCGUGUGGCGUCCAAGGCAAAGGAACAACAUUCAUUUUUACUGAUUUGGACAUCAAAGAAGAAGGCUUCCUUGAAUAUUUGAACAAUAUUCUAUCGUCCGGUGUUAUAUCUAAUUUAUUCACCAAAGAUGAGCAACAAGAAAUUAUUUCGGAACUUACGCCAAUUAUGAAGAGAGAAAAUCAAAAGAGAACCCUCAACAAUGAAUUAGUCAUGGAAUAUUUUCUCAAUAGGACAUGUCAAAACUUACACGUUGUAUUAUGUUUUUCACCGGUCAGUGAAGCCUUCAGAUACCGUGCACUUCGUUUUCCAGCUCUUAUUUCAGGCUGCACUAUUGACUGGUUCCAACCGUGGCCAAAGGAUGCCCUUGUUUCAGUAGCUGAUCACUUUUUGACAGAAUUUGAAAUCGAAUGCACAAAAGAAGUUAAAAAAGAGCUCGUCACGGUAUUAGGGACUAUUCAAGAUGUUGUUUCGCAAGUGUCCGCAGAAUACUUCCAAAGGUUCCGUCGAUCGUCACACGUUACUCCUAAAUCAUAUCUCAAUUUUAUAGGAGGGUAUAAAACGAUUUACCAAAUGAAGCAAAAAGAGCUAGGCGAUGGCGCCUUGCGCAUGGACACUGGUUUAGAAAAACUUCGAGAAGCAUCCAUAUCCGUUGAAGUUUUGAAAAAAGAUUUGGCGGUAAUGGAGCAAGAUUUAGCAUUGGCUUCAGAAAAAGCAGAUCGAGUGCUCACUGAAGUAACAGAAAGAGCAAUGCAAGCUGAAAUAGUAAAGAAUCAGGUUCAAAUAGUAAAAGAAAAGGCAGAAGCUCUUGUAGCUUACAUUGCCGAAGAAAAAUUAAAGGCAGAAAUUAAACUAGAAGCAGCUAAGCCAGCGUUAGAAGAAGCUGAAGCCGCCCUCAAUACCAUAAAGCCGGCGCAUAUUGCAACAGUAAGAAAGUUGGGAAGGCCACCACAUCUAAUUAUGAGGAUCAUGGAUUGCGUAUUGAUAUUGUUCCAGAGAAGAUUACACCCACUCAUUCCAGAUGUAGCUGCACCGUGUCCUAAGCCUUCGUGGGCAGAGUCACUUAAGAUGAUGGCCAGCACGACUUUCCUAUUACAACUUCAGAACUAUCCAAAAGAUAUAAUAAACAACGAGAUGGUAGAGCAUUUGGUACCGUAUUUCGAGAUGGAGGACUACAACAUGGACACGGCCAAAAGGGUCUGCGGUGACGUCGCCGGUCUACUAUCAUGGACAAAGGCUAUGGCAUUCUUCCAUAGUGUCAAUAAGGAAGUGUUACCGUUGAAAGCAAAUCUGCUUCUACAAGAAGCGAGAUUAAAGGUCGCUAUGGAAGAUUUAGCUUCCGCAGAGAGGCAACUAGAGGAGCGAGAAAUGUCUCUACGUAAAGUCAAAGAACAAUAUGAGUCUGCAGUCUCUGAGAAACAACAGUUGACUGAUGCUGCAAACGUUUGCUUACGAAAAAUGACUGCCGCUACUGCUCUGAUUAAUGGAUUAGGCGGAGAAAAGAUCCGAUGGACGCAACAGAGUAAGGAUUUCAAAGAGCAGCUGGGAAGACUGGUAGGUGAUGUCGUCCUAGCAACAGGAUUUCUUUCAUACUGCGGCCCUUACAAUCAAGAAUUCAGAAACAAUUUGCUAACCAACUGGAUGGGAAUAUUGAAAAACAAACAGAUACCAGUGACAGACAAUCUAAACAUUACUAAUAUGUUAGUUGAGAAUGCUACAAUAUCUGAGUGGACUUUGCAAGGUUUGCCUAAUGAUGAUUUAUCAGUACAGAAUGCUCUUAUCGUUACCAAGUCUAGUUCUUAUCCUUUGCUAGUUGAUCCUCAGAGUCAGGGUAAGAAUUGGAUAAAAAACAAAGAAAGUACAAAUGAAUUACAAAUAACUUCACUCAACCACAAGUAUUUCAGAACUCAUCUAGAAGACAGUCUAUCUCUCGGAAGGCCAUUGCUAAUUGAAGAUGUAGGUGUAGAGUUAGAUCCAGUUAUUGACAAUGUGUUAGAGAAGAACUUUAUUAAAUCAGGUUCAAUAGAAAAAGUAAUAGUCGGCGAUAAAGAGUGCGACGUCAUGCCUGGUUUUAUGCUUUACAUAACAACAAAGCUACCUAAUCCUGCAUAUUCACCGGAAAUAAGUGCUAAGACGUCCAUAAUUGAUUUUACUGUCACGAUGCGAGGCUUGGAAGAUCAACUUUUAGGCCGCGUAAUUCUAAUGGAGAAAUCUGAUUUAGAAGAGGAAAGAGUUGCACUUUUCGAAUCCGUAAUGAAGAAUCAGCGUAGCAUGAAAGAAUUGGAAAGCAACCUGCUUUGUCGUCUUACAUCCUCUGAAGGCUCGUUAGUUGAUGACGAAGCUCUGAUCCAAGUCUUGCAAAUAACUAAAACGACAGCAGAAGAAGUCAACGAAAAACUAAAAGUGGCAGAAGUUACGGAAAAGAAAAUUAUAAAAGCUCGAGAGGAGUUUAGAGCGGUCGCAGCUAGAGGCUCGAUAUUGUACUUCCUAAUAGUAGAAAUGAGUAAUGUAAACAUUAUGUAUCAAAACUCGCUGAAACAAUUUUUGACAAUAUUUGAUAAUUCAAUAACAAAGUCUACUAAAAGUAAUGUGACUGAGGAACGUAUUAAUAUUAUUCUGAAAUAUCUUACACAUGAAGUGUGGGCAUUUACACUGCGAAGUUUAUAUGAACGUCACAAGGCCCUGUUCACAUUGAUGUUGGCAAUGAAAAUCGAUUGUCAUCGUCAGCUGAUUUCUCACGAUGAAUUCACGGCGUUUGUGAAAGGAGGCGCGUCACUGGAUUUAAACGCAGUAACUCCGAAGCCUUUCAGAUGGAUUUUGGAUAUAACCUGGCUGAAUCUGGUGGAGAUUAGCAAACUUAAUACAUUCUCUGACGUCUUACAAAAAAUCACAUCCAAUGAGAAAGAAUGGCGUGUCUGGUAUGAAAAGGCGAAACCGGAGGAAGAGACGAUUCCCAGCGGUUACAACGAUAGCCUUGACGUGUUCCGCAAACUUCUGCUCAUCCGCUCGUGGAGCCCUGACCGAACCCUGUCACAGGCUAGGAAGUACAUUGUUGAUUCCCUCGGCCCGGAGUACGGCGAAGGCUGCAUCUUGAACCUGGAAGCGACCUGGGAGGAGUCGGAACCACGUACACCACUCAUAUGUAUACUGUCUAUUGGCUCUGACCCUUCUGCGCAGAUCGCUUCACUGGCCAAGUCCAAAGAAAUUCAAUUAAAAGCUGUAUCGAUGGGUCAGGGUCAAGAAAUCGUCGCAAGAAAGAUGAUAUCAGACUCCAUGAACGAAGGAGGCUGGGUACUACUACAAAAUAUCCACUUGUCCCUUCCUUUCUGUGUAGAAGCCAUGGAUGCUUUAAUAGAAACUGAACAUGUACAGGAAUCCUUCAGGCUAUGGCUAACUACUGAAGUGCAUACGGAAUUCCCAAUAGGACUGCUUCAAAUGGCAAUUAAAUUCACUAAUGAGCCACCUCAAGGCAUCAGAGCUAGCAUGAAACGAACUUACCAAAAUAUCACUCAAGAUACGUUAGAUUACUCAUCUUUAUCCCAAUGGCCACCCCUGCUGUACGCAGUUGCGUUCCUACACACAAUCGUGCAAGAACGACGAAAGUUCGGACCUUUAGGAUGGAAUAUUCCAUACGAGUUCAAUCAAGCCGAUUACGCUGCAAGCGUGCAGUUUAUACAGAACCAUCUCGACGAUAUCGACCCUAAGAAAGGCAUAUCUUGGCCAACAAUCUGUUAUAUGCUCGGAGAAGUCCAAUAUGGCGGACGAGUAACAGAUGACUUCGACAAACGCCUUUUGACAACUUUUACCAACGUGUGGUUUUGUGAUGUAUUGCUACGACCAGGGUUUGAGUUUUACAAAGGUUACAAAGUGCCACAGACUAGGAAUCUCUCUGGAUACGUUGAUUAUAUCAAUCAGCUUCCAUUGACUGAUACUCCGGAGGUGUUUGGUCUUCACGGAAAUGCGGACAUCACAUAUCAAAUCAAUAGUGCUAAAGAUAUACUUGAUACAAUAUUGAGUGUGCAACCAAAAGAAGGUGGUAGUCAGGGUGGCGAGACCCGCGAAAGUAUCGUGUACAGGCUGGCUGAAGACAUGUUGGAAAAAUUACCAAAACAAUACGUUAGUUUUGAAGUUAGAGAGGCUCUAGUUAAGAUGGGAGCCUUUUUGCCAAUGAACAUCUUUUUAAGACAAGAGAUCGACCGUAUCCAGCGAGUGAUCAAAUCGGUGCAGUCCACACUGUGCAACCUGAAGCUUGCCAUCGACGGAACCAUAGUGAUGAGUCAGGGCCUUCGAGAGAGUCUCGACGCUAUGUACGAUGCCAGAAUACCUCAGAAUUGGCUUAAGGUUUCUUGGGAGUCAGCAACUCUAGGUUUCUGGUACACAGAGUUAUUGGAGCGUGAGCACCAAUACCGAGUAUGGCUGCGUAACGGCCGUCCUACCGCCUUCUGGAUGACUGGCUUCUUCAACCCUCAGGGGUUCCUCACUGCUAUGAGACAGGAGGUAACUCGGAGUCACAAAGGCUGGGCACUGGACUCCGUGGUCCUACAGAAUCUUAUCACAAAAUUGAACCGAGAGGACGUUCACGAGGGGCCGGCUGAAGGCGUCUACGUCUACGGACUCUUUCUAGAAGGUGCAUCUUUAGACAGAAAAUCCGGGAAGCUGAUCGAAUCAAAACCGAAAGUCCUGUACGAACAAAUGCCGAUCAUCUACAUCUUUGCCAUCAAUACCACAGCGGGGAAAGAUCCGAGGCUGUACGAGUGCCCGAUUUAUAGAAAACCUCAAAGAACUGAUGCCAAAUACGUGGGAUCUAUAGACUUCGAGACAGACAGCAAUCCGAGGCACUGGGCAUUAAGGGGUGUCGCUCUGCUAUGCGAUAUAAAGUGAAUUAUAAAGCUGGCCUUUUAUUUGGUUCGUUCUUUUUCUGGUGGUGUUUACCACAGCGAGCAAAGACCCGAGGCUAUAUAAGUUCCGGAUUCACUUGAAACCUAAAUUAUCGAUGCCAAAUAUGGUAGCUUUUGGGACGCAUAGCAAUCCAAGGUAACUGAAUGU